UAAUUACAGAAGACAAGAUCAAAGGGAACGAUCGUAUUAGUCUGUUUCAGGGAACUCCUUGGUCGCGGAGUCAUGGCUUGCUCUUCAGUUUUCCGUCUGCUGUCAUGCAGAUCAAUGGCACAAAUUGCCACAGUUCGUCCCACCGCAGCGGGUAUGAGCGUUUUCAGCGCUGCUCGCUCGUCGCAGUUCUCUGCUUCUCGCUGCCUAGUGACUUCUGCAGUGCGCUGCAGCAUGGAAAAACUGUCUGAGAAAGACCAGCAGGAGGUUCGAGCUCGGGCCCUCAAUGUCGUCAAGAACUUCCAGCGCGUCGAUCCAGAGAAGGUCACAGAGGAAGCCAAAUUCAUUGACGAUCUCGGUCUAGACAGCCUCGAUGCGGUCGAGAUUGUCAUGGCUUUGGAGGAUGAAUUCGAAAUAGAAAUCAGCGACGAAGAGGCGGAACAGAUUGCCUCCUUACGUGCUGCGUUGGACACGAUUGCGCUGAGACUGGCGGCGAAGUGAUUGCGUAGCGACCACCACAGUGAGUGUAUUUUGUUUUCUAACCUUAUCCUCUGGUGGACGAUAUGCAAGUAGAGAAAGUGUUGGUGACGGUGGUGUUCACUGUACUUGUUGGCAAUGCCUGUGUUAGUUCUUGUCCUGAACAAAGACUUGUGAUGGGCUUGAUAGUUUUUUUGCCGAAAUUUCCUUAUGAUGCGAUAGUUCCCGCUUUCUUUUCUGUUUUUUUUUCCUUUUUAUUGCCUUCUUAAUUUUUAGAAUUCUUAGGACGUUUCACUCACUCAAGUAGUAAUCAAUAUUAAUUUUUUCUCUGUGCAAUUGCGUGCUUGUCUGUCCUGUUGGCUUUACGCUAGUAUUGUAAUGAGCCCUUUGCGCAUGGCCAGA